AAUAAAUAAUUAAAUGUUCAUUAAAAUUGACUAAUGACUUUCCAAGAAAAUGAAUAACAAUAAUCUACGCGGUGAAGCCACGCUUUAGAUUUUUUGGUUUGGAAUAACCAAAAGGCGGAAUCAAAAUUGAAAAAGAAGGAAAUAAAAUGAUUAUAAUAAAACUUAUUACGUAAGCUAAAUAAACAACCUCAUAAAGAAUAGAACAACCUGGCUCAUAAAGCCAAAGCCUACCACUAAAUUAAAUUCUUAUUUCUUGACGGCGAUAUAUCAUAUCUCAUAUAUACACAUAAAAAUUUACAUACAAACUAUAUAUAGAAACGCCCCUAAAUUUCCAUUAAUCUCACUCUCAUCUUUAACUCUUCUCUUCUUCACUAUUCUAGUAAUCCCCUCAUACCUUGUUCUCAUCUAUCAUUGAUUUUCAUUCCACCAAACAAAUAUGAUUUUGUCAUCAAAAAGAAAAAAGCUAAUACCCAUUUUCUUGAUUGUUAGUGUUGAGUUUUAUUCGCUUCUAAUUCUGAAAUAGAGAUUGUUAUUAUUAUUAUUACCCACUUUUCAUUUUUUUGUGGGGUUUUCUCCAUUAUUGAAGCAUACCCAAAAUAAUAAUGGUUAUUUCGUAUCUUCUUCUUCUUUUGGUGGUUGUGGUUUGUGCAUUUGUGGUGGUUCGUGUUCUUUUGUACAGAACUGGGUUGGUUUAUAUUGUGAAGAAAUGGUGGGGAGCUAUGGAGGAUUGCUUUCAUGUCUAUCAAUCAUUCAAAGUCCCCGAAAUCAAUGAAGACACCAUGCAAGAAAAUCACCUCUACAGAAAAGUUUCAGAGUAUUUGAACUCCUUGACCUCAAUCGAGGACUCCGAUUUCACCAACCUUAUCACCGGGAAAAAGUCCAACGAGAUCGUCCUCAAGCUCGAUCCAAAUCAGAAAAUCGAAGACCGUUUUCUCGGGGCCAAACUUGUUUGGGUGAACGAAGAAAAGGGCGAGAAAAUCAAUGGUCGAAACUUGGUGCUCAAGAUUCGUAAAGCUGAUAAGCGUAGAAUUUUAAGGCCGUAUCUACAGCAUAUACACACCGUUGCCGACGAGGUUGAGCAGAGAAGAAGAGAUUUGAAGCUUUAUAUAAACAUAUAUUCAAGUCAUCAACAGAAUGGACGGUGGAAAUCUAUCCCAUUCAAUCAUCCCUCCACCUUCGAAACAAUCGCCAUGGAAGCCGAUCUCAAAGCCAAGGUAAAAUCCGACCUCGAAUCUUUUCUCAAAGCGAAACAAUAUUACCACAGAUUAGGUCGUGUUUGGAAACGGAGCUAUCUAUUAUACGGUCCAUCCGGCACCGGGAAAACAAGCUUCGUCGCCGCAAUGGCCAAUUUCCUCGGCUACGACGUCUACGAUCUCGAUCUUUCGAAAGUCUCCGACGAUUCCGAUCUUAAAAUCCUACUGUUGCAGACUACUGCAAAGUCGGUGAUUGUGAUAGAGGAUCUCGACCGGUUCUUAAUCGGGAAAUCGACGGCGGUGACUCUGUCCGGCGUGUUGAGUUUCAUGGACGGGUUGUUGAGCUCGUGCGUUGCGGAGGAGAGAAUCAUGGUGUUCACGACGAACGGGAAGGAGAAUCUUGAUCAGGCAAUACUCCGUCCGGGUCGGGUCGAUGUCCAUAUCCAUUUCCCUUUGUGUGAUUUCACCGCCUUUAAGAAUUUGGCAAAUAGUUAUUUGGGUCUCAAGGAACACAAGCUUUUUCCCCAAGUGGAAGAGAUUUUCCAAAACGGGUCGAGUUUGAGCGCUGCCGAGAUCGGAGAACUCAUGAUUUCGAACAGAAACUCGCCGAGUCGAGCCAUCAAAACGGUCAUUACGGCGUUGCAAACGGACGGUGAUGGGAGGGGGAACGGGAAGAUCGGACGGAGGAGCUACGUGGAAGAAUCGGGUCAACCCGCUGGGGUUUUUUGCGAAGGGGUUCAUUCCGUUAAGGAUAUUCGGAAACUGUACGGAUUCCUUCGGAUGAAAAGCGGUGCAAGAUCCUCUCAGUCGUUCGAUUCGGGUUCACAGAAGGAUGGAUGACUCGGGUUGUGGAGCUCCACCCGGGUUGUUACACAUGUCGUUUUCCUAUUGGUUGCUUAAAAAAAUGAACGCUCAGUUGUUAGUUAAGGGGAAAAGGAAGGGGCAAGGUGGAAAAGGGUCAUUAUAAAUCACUAGCUUAAAACGGCUGAAUGGGAAAACUUGUGGCUUCAAUCAGAAGUUGAUAGUGUUAUUCUUCUUAUUUUUAUAAUUAUUAUUAUUAUUAUUAUUUUUUGGGUUAAUAUAGUUUGGUGGUUUUGGGUAUAGGGAUGUCAUCAGCCUUUUUGUAAAUUAAAAGAUUAGGUUCUAUUAUUAAUGGAGAAAAUGAAACAAACAAUGCAAGGAAGCAUAUCCUAUUCUUUA